AUGUCGCGUCCGCUGCAAACGAGCAGCCGCAGCUCGUCGUCGUCGUCCUUGGACGCACUUCGCACGCCCGACUUCGGCCGCAACGGCUCGCACCUCUCGUCGUCGGCCACGUCGGUGCUCGACGAACCCAUCGGCCAUGCCGCCGACCUCGCUCCCAAGCUCGAGUCGGCACUCUCCACCAGCGUCUCCGAAGCGCUCGAGCGCAUGAUCCGCAUCGAGGGCGCAGGCAGCUGGCCACCCAACCCGACCUAUCGCGCCUCGUGGCCCAGGUGCCUUCACAUCUACGAUUCGGUGGCAAUGCAGGCACCGCCCCGAUUCGUCACGCCAGAACUGCGCCCCAACUACACCGAUGCCCAGCUGAGGCGACGCAUCGACGACAACCGCCUCUGGCUCCAGCAGUCGUUGGCCAGCAUCGACGUCGCCCAAGUCAUGGCGACGCUGCCCACGCUCGACGCAAACGCCCGCCUCGGCUUCCUGGCGUGCAUGGCGUAUCUGAUCCACCUCUAUCGUUGGGGCACGCUCCCCGUCGUCGCCAUGGCCCAAGACGAAAAGUCGCUGCGCUUGCCCGAAUCCAUCGCCAAGCCCUUCCACUGGCUCAACGCCUACUUUGGCAUCGAGUCCAGCGGCGGCUGCCUCUACUCGAUGACGCUCGUCAACGUCAUCCGCCAGCACGACGGCCAGCUCGAAAUGGCCUACUCCAACAUGCGACACAUGGCGCAAAAGUCGGUCGUCGAUGCAGAGAGGUACAACGCCUUUGUAUUCUACGAGAUGGAGACGCUCGCACUCGAGCUCUACCGCUCCAUCGCGCAGUGCCAGACGCUCAUGGCGCACGGUCGCGAUGACGAGGCCGCCGAGGCGCUGCAACGAGGCCACGUCGCGCUCAAGGCCGCCUUCCGCCACUUUUUCGACACGCUCAAGGAGGAAAAGAUCCAGAAGGACGUCUGGAUGUCGCACGCUCAGGGCUUCCACGGCUGGGGGGUCGACGACUUUGACGGCGUCUCGGGCGACCACUCGCUGCUCAUCCGCACGCUCGAUGCGCUGCUCGACAUUCCGCUGCGCACCAGCCCCGGCUGCCCCUUUGCCACCGCACAGGUGCCCGUCAAGCCGUGGGAUGCCGUGUGCCCCGUGAGCGGCGCCAAGGCGGGGGCAGAUGUGGAUGCGGAUGUGCGGGCUCCAGGACUGCUGGGUCGGCUGUACAACUGGAUGUGGCCUUCCAGCUCGACACCAACCAAGUUGGCGACGGUGCCGUGCGUGGGGGCGAAGGCGAUGAAGCAGAUCGAGUUUAGCGAGGUGCCGUAUUCGAACGAGUAUCUGCCGCGUGGACAGGUCGAGUGGAUCCAAGCGGUGCGCAGCGCGCGACUGCGAGCACUGGCUUCGGCCAACGGCGACUCGGCCGUGGCGCGCGAGUUGGGCGAGAUGCUCAAGACGUUCAAGCUGUGGCGCAUGGGUCAUACGCGCAAGGCGGUGUAUUACGAGGAUCUGCAUCUGCCCGAACGCAAACCCAUGACUGCGUCGGGGGGUGUAGGUGGCGGCGUGGCCGGCGAGGAGGAGGGUCUGCCUCAGAUGAUGGAGAAGCUCGAGGCGAGGUUGCGCGCCAGGAUUGCCGCGACCAAGUAG